AUGGCUCACUUGCUUUCCAAUAGAGCAAGUUCCCGGCAGAGACUCCAUUUCUCUUUGUUCAACGCUGACAAUGCUCCUGAGGGCUUUGAGCCACACCCAGACCCUUUGUGGCUCGAUGCUGGUAUGCCCAAUGCUGGGUUCUUCCCAAUUGACCUGUUGCAAGUCAACGUGGUUGAUUAUCCUUUCCAAAAAUCUUUACUGUUGCCAUUGGGUAACAUCUCGUUGGAGAAUUUGAACUCCCGGGACGCAGGUGUGGAUGAUUCCUUAAAGAGGUUAACUACGACCGGGGAGACGAAGAACCAUGUUGUUAUCCCGAAGAAGGGACAUGAUAGUAAGACCAUUGACCUUUCUCGUGGGUUGCAAUACUCCGAGGUUGAAGGUCUUCCUCAGCUUCUUGAUUUCACGAGAAAGCUUGUUAAGAGGACUCACGCUCCAAAGUACGACGAAUGGACCACUAUCUUAUCUAAUGGUGCUGGUGAUGGACUCAACAAGGCGGCUGAUGCCUUUUUGGAUCCAGGCGAUAUUGUCUUGGUCGAAGAGUUCACGUUCACUCCUUUCUUGUUGAAUGUCCAGAAUGCCGGUGCUAUACCAGUGCCAGUAAAGCUAGACCUUGAUUCUACCCCAGGAAAGAGUAACGGUAUUAACAUUGAGUACUUGGAAGACUUGUUAGAAAAUUGGGAAAAGCUCCAACCUGAACACAAGUCUAAGAAGCCUAAAGCAUUGUAUACUAUCGCUUCAGGACAAAACCCUACUGGGUUCACUCAAUCUGUGGAAUUUCGCCAGAGAGUAUACAACUUGGCUGAAAAGUAUGAUUUUGCUAUCAUAGAGGACGAUCCUUACGGAUACUUGACUUUGCCGCCAUUCUCUCACCCAGACGGCUUGCAAAAGAUUUCCGACUUUUUGUCUAUUGAAGACUACUUAGAGCACCAUUUGGUUCCAUCUUACCUUACGUUCGACACGUCUGGCAGGGUGCUUCGUAUUGAAACAUUCUCCAAGCUCUUUGCACCUGGAUUGAGACUCGGCUUUAUAGUUGGACAUAAGGAUGUGAUUCGUGCUAUCUCCAACUAUGCCAACGUUGUUACUAGGUCCUCGUCGGGAACUUCUCAGCUUUUGGUCAACAACGUAAUUGAGCAAAGCUUUGGCGGCGUUGAUGGCUGGCUCAACUGGGUACUUAAGAUUAGACUUGCCUACAUUAAUCGGAGAAACGUUCUCCUUGGUGGGUUGUAUGAUCUGGAGGCCUUCAAGAAAGGCUAUUUUGAAGUGAUCGAUCCAAGAGCUGGAAUGUUCGCUAGCGUCAUCAUCAACUUUCCUGAGGGCACUAAUGUACCCGAGAAGAUGAACUUGUUGCAGUUCAAAUUCAGAGCCAUUGGUGUCAAGGUUGUCACUGGCCUCAACAUGGCUAUUGACAAGAAAUUCAGUGAGCCAAGAGGAAACUUUUUUAGGUUGACGUAUGCUGUUGCAGGCUCUGACCAAGAACUCCGUGAGGGAGCUCAAAGAUUCUCUCAAGCCGUCUACGAAUUUUUCCAAAAGGGCUUAGAAUUUUAA